AUGAAGUCUUCCAGAAGCCACCGCCCCAGCCGCGGGAGAACGCCCAUCGCUGCCGUCAACCACCACCGGAAAUCGCCACCGGCCGUGUCACCUAGACACAGUCCCAGCGACCUCCCAGCGUCGCCCAUCUGCACGCCGCACACUAGAUCGCCCGAAGUCCUCUUGCGUGUCCAAGUCGCAGGCUUAGGAUUCCUACAGUGCACGCGCCCGAAGCCUCCGGCACCGCCAGUGCACAUUUGCCCGCACGCCCCAGCGCGCCCGUUAGCAGUGACCCACGCACGCAGACGACGUUGUUCGCACAGUGCUCGACGUGCGAGUUUUGAAUCCCGGUUGCAGAAAAGUCGAACGUCGCUAAAAACGGCCACCAGUGUUGCUACUCCCAGCCUCUGCUCCAGCGCUCGGUCCCAGAUCAACCUAGUUCGGGCCAACAGCUGUGCGUCCCUCCUCAGCUCGCGGCCUAGCCAAUCAACAUCCGCAGCCAAGGAGAGAAGCCCUGCAAAGGAGCCCAAUUGUGUGAGGCCCAGUUUCCGCAGCCCUUUUUGCAGCCCGCGUCUGGCUCGCGUCAGCCCGAGUCAGCCCACUCGCCUCACAGUUGAAGCCCGCGUCCAACCCAUCUCCAGCCCGCGUCUCCACCUAGUGCAGCCUGCGUGUGGGCCCAGUGAAGCCCGAACGUCCUCCCCAAUAGCGACCCAUCUCCCAGCUCCGACCCAAUUCCUUUCUCGCGGCCCACAGCCUGCUAGUCACGCCCAGUUCGUUGUAGGACGAUCAAGUGGCGCCCAGCCACCCCAUAUUAGGCCCAGCGAGCCACCAGUCGGCCCAGCUGCAGCCGCAGCAAUCCUGUCGUGCCCGAUGACACAUUUUUUAACGAAGCCUUAA